AUGGAGAUAGCAGAAGGAAUGGCAUAUCUUCACCAUUAUUGCUUUGUUCAAGUGAUUCACUAUGACCUCAAGCCCAAUAAUGUCCUAUUAGGAGAUGACAUGACUUCAUACAUAGCAGAUUUUGGCUUUUCCAACAUUCUUUUCGGCAAUUCCAUGGAUUCUUUGACUUCUACAGAUGCACUUAAAGGUUUUGUUGGCUACAUUGCACCAGAAUAUGGAAUAGGUGGAAAGCUUACUACAAAAGGAGAUGUAUAUAGUUAUGGAAUUUUAAUUCUAGAGUUGUUGACAAGGAGGAGACCAACAGAUGAUAUGUUCACUAAAGGAAUCAAUCUACAAAAAUGGACAGAAAUGCAUUUUCCAAAUAGAAUCUUAGAUGUGGUGGAUAAUUGUUUGCUUAUAGAUACUCAUGAAUCAGAGACAUCAAUGGUAACAGAAUGCCUUACUCAAUUUAUACAAAUUGGGCUCUUUUGCACAAGGGAGUCACCUCAAGAGCGACCUGAUAUGACUGAGAUAGUUGAUAGAUUAAAUACAAUCAGAGGUGCAUUUCUUGGUACACCUAAAAUUCCUCAAUUACCAAUAGACAUCUCACCUUUUCUCAACAAUACAAGAUGUAUAAAUAUGGCUGGGUCAGGGAACGAUGAAGGUUCAUCUACAUCUACUACCUAG